AUGCCGAGCGGACCUAGGUCACGAGGGUGCCAGACUUGCAAGGACCGCAAGCUAAAAUGUGACGAAAAUUGGCCAACAUGCACGCGGUGCGCCGUCAUAAGCUCGCCCUGCCCGGGGCCAACAUCGCUGGUCAAAUUCGUUACCAAGAAGCCCCGUGGCGCGAGGGCAUCAAGCGGCGGCGGCCAACCCUUGACAGGAGAGCCUCGGCAGAUUACGUUGAAGAAGUCUCAUCGUCCCAUUUGGUUUCACAGUAUCUACCAGUCGGACUACCAGAAGCCUCGGCCCAACCCAACGACUCGCUACGAUCACAUCGCCCUACGGCUGGUCAGUAGCUUGGAGCGCGGCCCGCAGGGGAUCACUACGCUGAGCAUGAGCUAUCUACCGGAGCUUCCGGCACGUCUUUCGGAAAGCAAGUGCCUACGAGAUUCGGUGGACUUGUUCUGCUCCGCCUUGAUUGAUUUCCGGAACCAUAAGCCUGAGGGAGAGCUUCACGUAAUGACCCAAUACGGGAAGGCGCUCCGGAGUUUGCGAAUGACACUUCUUGGAAAUGAAGCUUUCAAGCCGGAAACGAUGGCGGCGAUGGCACUGCUAGAACGCAUGGAACGAUUAUUCAGACGAGGCACUCCGUCUAAUGUACACACCAAAGGCAUCUUGCAGGCGGUCAAGAUGAAGGGCCCACCCAAGCUAAAGGACCACCUCGAUGUCGCGGUAGCGAAUGAGCUCUAUGGCAUACUGUUGAAUGACUGGUCCCUGAGAGAGAGUUGCAGCUUUUUCAGUGCACCCGACUGGCAAGAGGCAAUAGACCUAGGUAUAGAGCAGUUCACGAGCGAGGUGGACAUGGGCCCUUUCUCAAAACACGAUACAUUCGAGUUCGUCGAAUGUAGCAAGCAACUGCACACUUUCAUGUCCGAGUUCAACCAAAUCAGCAAUCAGAGUCACACGGCUGAAACAAAGCUGGCCAUCGAGUCAUUCUGCCACAGGGUAUCGGAAGUGGAUGUUGCGCUUGCGAGAAUUGUAACGGCAUCGAAGGACAGCACCCUGAAACAAGGUACCAUGGUCGAGAAGCCGGACCCGGAAUCACCCAUGGGGACCAAGUACGAAUUCAGAACUCCAAAUCAUGGCAUGGUAUACUUAGGGGCCGUAGCGGCUCAAAUUGGCCUUCUUCGCAUACUAUAUGAGUCCGCCGUGAUCGUUGGGUCUUCAGAUGCUGAAACAACUGGCCAACGUCUGCGAGAGCGUUGUCACGAAUGCUGGAAAUGUCUUCCCUACGUCCUAUCUCUGGAGUCUAUCGUAGCAGAGAAUUUCAUGGGCCCAAUUUACGUUAGCUACGAGACUGCCAACGAGGAGGAAGAGGAGUAUCUGUUGGACGCGGUGGAAUACAUCGAUCGCUAUGUGAAGCGAUUUCCACCUAACAGGAGCGAAAUACGUCAGAUAAUAGUUGAAACUGCGAAAUUAAUGACGGGGCGCGCAUCUCAGCCGGAUGCAGGAUAA